UUUUAGUUUGCAGUGGCCUCACUUAGAGAGUAAAACAUGAAGUACUUGUAUUGGAUCUUACUGACCACGUCAGUACUGAGUCAAUUCACCAACAAGCUCUACCGAAACUUUUUGCAGGAUAAUAAUCAACAUAACAUAAUAUUCUCGCCUCUUUGCGUCGAGAUUGGAAUGAGCAUGAUUCUCAUGGGAGCGGAAGGAAAUACAGCCAAUGAACUGAGAAAGGUUCUGAAUCUGCCGGAGGAUAAGAAAGAACUAGCUAAUCUAUACGAUGAGCUAUGGACUAAACUCGAAAGGCGCAAGAAGGUGGCCAUUCUCCAUUUGGCGAAUCGAUUGUUCGUCAACGAAACAAUUGGAGUUAACGAGCGCUUCAAUAAACUGGUCAAUAAGUACUUUAGGGCCGAGGCAGAGGCCAUUAAGUUGGCCGAUCGAUCAAAAGCAGCCAGGGCUAUAAACGAUUGGGUGCUCGACCAGACACUCGAUAAUGUGAAAGACAUUGUAACACCCAGUGACUUGACCCCCGAUGAAAGUGCGGUCAUGAUCAACGCAGCUUUCUUCAAGGGCUACUGGAAGACAAGAUUCGAAAAGAAGAACACCAAGCCUAAGAUAUUCUAUGUAUCCAAAAAUUACACAGUAAUUGUCAAUAUGAUGUCUCAAGAUGGUCGAUUUAAGAUGCGUACUUCGCCCUUUGACCAAAUUAUUGAGCUGCCCUUCGCAUACUCAAACCUUUCAAUGGUAAUCGUUCUGCCCAAGGACAAUGGGUCGCUUACUCGGGCAGAAGCCACAAUCGAAAGUUACUCACAGAUAGUCCUCACUGAAAUGGAUGUACAUGUGCAGCUGCCCAAAUUCAAAAUCGAUUUUCGCACACAGCUAGUCGAAACUUUGAAAAGCAUGGGCAUAAAGGAUCUCUUCAACAGUUCGUCCGAUAUCAGCUCCCUUCUGAACCAGACUGGCACCAGAAUCAGCCAGGUUGUACACAAAGCCUUAAUAGAGAUCGACGAAGAAGGCGCUUCCGCAGGAUCCGCUUCUGCAAGCCUCUUUCGAGGAUUGUCUGAUUAUCCGGGCAGUGUGGCUUCCUUUACAGUCAAUAGUCCUUUCGUCUUCAUGAUUCGCGAUAAUGACAACAUAUAUUUCCGUGGUCGCGUAGUUGAUCCUUCGAUGAAGAUCAUACCCUUUAAUCGCAGAAUUAUAUAGAAAGCAACAGAUAUCCGAUCUAUAUAACGAUAAAGUUUAUUUAAGCGUAUGCACGUAUUAAAACGGAUACAAUAAAAAUUCCUGUCGUCCUUAACUUAUUCCAUUCAUGAAUGGAAAUUUCUAUA